AUGUCGGAGAAGAACAACUUUCCAACGCCGUUAUGGUCACCGUCCCUAACCGAGCAUAGAGGGGUGAGUGGUUUUCACCGUCGACACACCUCUCUUGUGCCUCAGUCCCCACGUGAGACCUUCGAAUCACGAUGUAGUACUCCUUCAGAACCAGAUUCGGAAGCAUCUGGUCCCAAGCCACAAGCAGUGACCUGGAUGUCAUUGCCGCGGAAAGACCAACUAGCCAUUCUCUUCUUUUCUAGAUUGGUAGAUUUCUUACAAGUUGCUUCGUUGCAAGCCUAUAUGUUCUACCAAUUGAAGAGUUUUGAUUCGGGUUUAUCUAAUGCUGCUAUUUCGUCGCAGGCGGGGAUACUGCAAGGCUGUUUCACCGGGGCUCAAGUCUGUACUGCGGUACUAUGGGGUAAGGCCGCUGAUACCUGGGGGAGAAAAAUGGUUUUGAUGAUUGGGUUGGUUGGAACGGCCAUUUCGUGUGUGGGAUAUGGAUUCUCGACCACAUUCUGGCAAGCUGCGUUAUUUCGGGCUUUUGGUGGUGCUAUCAAUGGUACUGUUGGAAUUAUACGUACCAUGGUUGCAGAGUUUACCAAAGAAAAGAAAUAUCAAUCUCGAGCUUUUUUGAUCUUGCCCAUGAGUUUCAACGUGGCUGGUAUAUUGGGUCCAGUCAUGGGUGGAUUACUUGCCGAUCCAGCAAUGACACUCCCCGGUCUUUUCGGUGACCAAGCUGUAUUCGGAUUCGAGUGGCUUCACUCAUAUCCCUAUGCUCUUCCAGGCAUCCUCAAUGCCGUCUUCUUGGUAGCUACCGGCGCCAUCGUGUUCCUGGGAUUAGAAGAGACUCUUCCUUCAGCGCGUGGCCAGUCCGAUUAUGGAAUUAGCCUUAUGAAUCGUAUUAAACAAUCAAUAGGUUUUGGAACUACUGUGGCUCCGGUUGACUACUUCCAUCUCGAGGCCUCAACUGAUAGCCUCGAUAACUUCGACCCUAAAUCAGUCACCCGUCCCGCCGCAAACAAAUUACCCUUUAGCCGCAUUUGGACCAAAAAUGUAAUCUUCACCUUGAUCACUGGUGCCUUCUUCGAUUUCCAUCUUGGAGCCUUCACAAAUCUCUGGUCACUCUUUCUCUCGACCCCUCGACCUACCUCCACCGAUUCUCAAUCUCUUCCUUUUGUAUUCACAGGGGGUCUCGGGAUGCCUGCAGCCACUGUCGGUUUUGCGACAUCCAUUCUUGGCGUCUUAGGCAUGGCUCUACAGGUUCUCCUUUAUCCGUCUGUACAUGCCAGACUCGGUACUCUCCUUUGUUUUCGAUUUUUCCUUAUCUUAUUCCCUGUCGCUUAUUUCUUUGCUCCAUAUUUGGCGGUAUUACCUUCUAGUGCCCCGGCGCCAGGACCAGCUGCUGGACCAGCUAUCUGGAUUGGUAUUUUUUUUGUGCUUUUACUUGCUGUUGCGGCGAGAACAUUUACUCUUCCUGCCACCAUUAUCUUGUUGAAUAAUUGUUCACCUCAUCCUUCGGUUCUGGGUACGAUACAUGGGAUUGGGCAAUCGGUAUCAGCUGGAUUUCGCACGGUGGGACCAGUGGUCGGCGGGAUUUGGUAUGGACAGGGAUUGGAACGGGGAGUGGUGGGGUGGGCGUGGUGGGAAACCGCUGUGGUGGCUGCGGCGGGAUGUGUAACUGCAAUGUGGGUUUAUGAGGGUAGUGGCCAUGAGAUCUUUCUGCAAGGGGAAGAAGAAGAUAUGGAGGAGGUUGAGAUGCGAGGACUGAUGAGGGAGAAUCAGAGGGAAAGAGGGGAGGGCGUUGCUGCUGAGAGACAAGGGCUCAUGGGACAGAUGGGUGGAAGUACCGGUUUGGAUUUGAGAGAUUUGGAUGAUGAGGUAGAGCGGGGAACUAUGGUAGGAAGUAGUAAGGGCGUUAGGUAA